CAAAAAUGUAAAAUUAUUUUUAUAGGGUAAUUUCAACAUUAGUGCAAAAGCACCAUUUUUUUGUUUUUAUUUUGAUUCGAUUGAUAUUCGAACGCGGAAGUGGUUUCGUGUAUUGACGCUCGCAUUGCGAAACAUGUCCAAUUGUUAUUUUAGAAAUAUAUAAACAUGUCCAAAUUAUGGUGAAUAACUCGUCGGCCCCGUAGUAAGAAAAGCAAACCUAAAAUAUGGCCUCGCGAGGAGACAAAGGGAAUGGAAAUGGCGAGGAGCAGAUCGUUGAGACGUUGGCGGAGGUGUUCCGCUGCUUCAUCUGUAUGGAGAAGCUGGUGGACGCACAUCUCUGCCCGCACUGCUCCAAGCUGUGUUGCUACGCCUGCGUGCGACGAUGGCUGACUGAGCAGCGAUCGCAGUGCCCGCACUGUCGGGCAGCCCUGCACCUACACGAGCUCGUCAACUGCCGCUGGGUGGAGGAGGUCACUCAGCAGAUCGAGACCAUGCAGCAGAGCAACUCGGCUAGUCAGAGGGAAAGCUUCAGGGAUAGGUGUCCGACACACCAAGAGAAGCUGACGGUAUACUGUUGGACAUGUCGGCGCUGCAUCUGCCACCAAUGUGCUCUGUGGGGCGGCACUCACUCCGGACACACCUUCAAACCCUUGGAGGAAGUGUAUGAGCAACAUGUCACACAGAUCCGUGAUGAAGUGUUCCAGCUGAGACGUCGGCUCACAGAGCUGAUUAGUCUGGGGCAAGAUGUGGAACGCAAUGUGGAAUCGGUACGCGCAGCUAAAGACGAGCGCGUGCGCGAAAUUCGCAAUGCGGUGGAGCUGAUGAUAUCGCGCCUGGAUUCUGCGCUGAAGGCCAAACUCCUCACACUCAUGGGCCAGAAAAACAGUCUGACGCAGGAGACGGAACAACUUGAACAUCUCCUGCAAGAGAUCGAACAUCAACUGCAUUCAAGAAAAAUUGAUGUUAUUCGAUCAUCAGUGGACCUUUCAUCAACACUCCGUGACACUAGUUCUCUUCUUGGACCUCCAGGCCUCCUCUUGACUCCUCUACAUAGAGAUCUUUUCAGUUUAUUGUUUUCCGCACUAAGCAGUGAAAUUGUCCCGAGCUACGAUAGCAGCACGUUUCCUCUGAGCAACUUCACGCAGCUGCAGCACGCGGCGGCGCCCGUGUACUCCGCCCCGCUACAUGUCAACGGGCUCUGCUGGCGACUCAAGGUCUACCCCGACGGGAACGGAGUUGUCAGGGGCAACUACCUCUCCGUCUUCCUCGAACUCAGUGCCGGACUACCCGAGACCUCCAAAUACGAGUAUCGAGUGGAGAUGUUGCACCAAGUAUCACGCGACCCUUCAAAGAACAUAGUGAGGGAGUUUGCUUCUGACUUCGAGGUCGGCGAGUGCUGGGGAUACAACCGCUUCUUCAGGCUGGACCUGCUCGCCAGCGAGGGGUAUCUGGACCCGGAGACGGAUACUCUUAUAUUGAGAUUCCAAGUGCGCCCGCCGACGUUCUACCAGCGCUGUCGCGACCAGCAGUGGUACAUCAACCAGUUGAUCACCAUGCAAAACCAACACAUCCUGCAAAUAAAUGAUCUCAAAGAGCGUCUCUCAUUAGAGAUGUCUCGCAACUCUAUCGCGGCGACCCGUGCACAGACCGGCUCGAAUACUUCGCAGUCCAACGCUGGCAGCACCGACACGGACAAUCCGUCGCAGAACAACCCCGUCGAUGGAAACAGUCUCAGCGACUCCAUCGUCUUCGGGAACCAGUGGAAGUUUAGCGCGCCACAUAGCAUCAUGAGCGGACAACGACUUGCUAGUCCCGGUAUCCUGAACACGGGCAUGUUCGUGGACGACUCGCGGAACAAUGACGUGUCCGGUGCGGCCGGGUACGGCGACUACAGACACGCGCCGCACCAACCCCACCAACCCCACGCCACACACGCGCUCGACGCCGGGUACAAUCUGCCCUCCACCUCACGGUCCGCGAACUCCCUGCACGUGUCGGGCACGGGCCCGGACAACAUGGCGCUGGUGUCGCUGCACACGCUGCUGAGCGCCGCGCAGGCGCCGCCCUCGCGCGUGCCCAGCAAGCUGCCCAGCAAGCGCACGGCCGAGCCGCGCCCCGACAAACACCACGUGCCCAACAAGGACUCGCAGCUCACUGGUACGUACUCCCGCGCAGGCGCCGCCCUCGCGCGUGCCCAGCAAGCUGCCCAGCAAGCGCACGGCCGAGCCGCGCCCCGACAAACACCACGUGCCCAACAAGGACUCGCAGCUCACUGGUACGUACUGCCGCGCAGGCGCCGCCCUCGCGCGUGCCCAGCAAGCUGCCCAGCAAGCGCACGGCCGAGCCGCGCCCCGACAAACACCACGUGCCCAACAAGGACUCGCAGCUCACUGGUACGUACUCCCGCGCAGGCGCCGCCCUCGCGCGUGCCCAGCAAGCUGCCCAGCAAGCGCACGGCCGAGCCGCGCCCCGACAAACACCACGUGCCCAACAAGGACUCGCAGCUCACUGGUACGUACUCCCGCGCAGGCGCCGCCCUCGCGCGUGCCCAGCAAGCUGCCCAGCAAGCGCACGGCCGAGCCGCGCCCCGACAAACACCACGUGCCCAACAAGGACUCGCAGCUCACUGGUACGUACUGCCGCGCAGGCGCCGCCCUCGCGCGUGCCCAGCAAGCUGCCCAGCAAGCGCACGGCCGAGCCGCGCCCCGACAAACACCACGUGCCCAACAAGGACUCGCAGCUCACUGGUACGUACUGCCGCGCAGGCGCCGCCCUCGCGCGUGCCCAGCAAGCUGCCCAGCAAGCGCACGGCCGAGCCGCGCCCCGACAAACACCACGUGCCCAACAAGGACUCGCAGCUCACUGGUACGUACUGCCGCGCAGGCGCCGCCCUCGCGCGUGCCCAGCAAGCUGCCCAGCAAGCGCACGGCCGAGCCGCGCCCCGACAAACACCACGUGCCCAACAAGGACUCGCAGCUCACUGGUACGUACUCCCGCGCAGGCGCCGCCCUCGCGCGUGCCCAGCAAGCUGCCCAGCAAGCGCACGGCCGAGCCGCGCCCCGACAAACACCACGUGCCCAACAAGGACUCGCAGCUCACUGGUACGUACUCCCGCGCAGGCGCCGCCCUCGCGCGUGCCCAGCAAGCUGCCCAGCAAGCGCACGGCCGAGCCGCGCCCCGACAAACACCACGUGCCCAACAAGGACUCGCAGCUCACUGGUACGUACUCCCGCGCAGGCGCCGCCCUCGCGCGUGCCCAGCAAGCUGCCCAGCAAGCGCACGGCCGAGCCGCGCCCCGACAAACACCACGUGCCCAACAAGGACUCGCAGCUCACUGGUACGUACUCCCGCGCAGGCGCCGCCCUCGCGCGUGCCCAGCAAGCUGCCCAGCAAGCGCACGGCCGAGCCGCGCCCCGACAAACACCACGUGCCCAACAAGGACUCGCAGCUCACUGGUACGUACUCCCGCGCAGGCGCCGCCCUCGCGCGUGCCCAGCAAGCUGCCCAGCAAGCGCACGGCCGAGCCGCGCCCCGACAAACACCACGUGCCCAACAAGGACUCGCAGCUCACUGGUACGUACUCCCGCAGGCGCCGCCCUCGCGCGUGCCCAGCAAGCUGCCCAGCAAGCGCACGGCCGAGCCGCGCCCCGACAAACACCACGUGCCCAACAAGGACUCGCAGCUCACUGGUACGUACUCCCGCGCAGGCGCCGCCCUCGCGCGUGCCCAGCAAGCUGCCCAGCAAGCGCACGGCCGAGCCGCGCCCCGACAAACACCACGUGCCCAACAAGGACUCGCAGCUCACUGGUACGUACUCCCGCGCAGGCGCCGCCCUCGCGCGUGCCCAGCAAGCUGCCAGCAAGCGCACGGCCGAGCCGCGCCCCGACAAACACCACGUGCCCAACAAGGACUCGCAGCUCACUGGUACGUACUCCCGCGCAGGCGCCGCCCUCGCGCGUGCCCAGCAAGCUGCCAGCAAGCGCACGGCCGAGCCGCGCCCCGACAAACACCACGUGCCCAACAAGGACUCGCAGCUCACUGGUACGUACUCCCGCGCAGGCGCCGCCCUCGCGCGUGCCCAGCAAGCUGCCCAGCAAGCGCACGGCCGAGCCGCGCCCCGACAAACACCACGUGCCCAACAAGGACUCGCAGCUCACUGGUACGUACUCCCGCGCAGGCGCCGCCCUCGCGCGUGCCCAGCAAGCUGCCCAGCAAGCGCACGGCCGAGCCGCGCCCCGACAAACACCACGUGCCCAACAAGGACUCGCAGCUCACUGGUACGUACUCCCGCGCAGGCGCCGCCCUCGCGCGUGCCCAGCAAGCUGCCCAGCAAGCGCACGGCCGAGCCGCGCCCCGACAAACACCACGUGCCCAACAAGGACUCGCAGCUCACUGGUACGUACUCCCGCGCAGGCGCCGCCCUCGCGCGUGCCCAGCAAGCUGCCCAGCAAGCGCACGGCCGAGCCGCGCCCCGACAAACACCACGUGCCCAACAAGGACUCGCAGCUCACUGGUACGUACUCCCGCGCAGGCGCCGCCCUCGCGCGUGCCCAGCAAGCUGCCCAGCAAGCGCACGGCCGAGCCGCGCCCCGACAAACACCACGUGCCCAACAAGGACUCGCAGCUCACUGGUACGUACUCCCGCGCAGGCGCCGCCCUUGCGCGUGCCCAGCAAGCUGCCCAGCAAGGACUCGCAGCUCACUGCAGUAUCGAGCAACCCAGUGACGGAGUCCACCACCGCGGCGGCGGCCAACGCGGUGCUGUGCUCGUCCAUCUCGUCGCCCGAACUCAACGCGGGCGCCAAGCUGGAGCCCGAGCCCGCCACGCACCCGCUGCACGCCGCCUCCGAGAGUAGCAGCGACACUGGAGACUUGAUGUUCAGUGAGCUGGAAGUAUUUGCUGAUGAAAAUAACCCAAGUCACGUGGACGAGAACUCCAAUGAAGAGAACGAUGUCGACGACGAAACUAUGUCAGUAGGUCCCGCCCCGUCCCGCUUCCUAACCGUGGUCCUGGGCCAGAGGGCACGUCGGGCUCGUCGGGCUGCUCGUGGUGCGGCCUGGGCCCGCUGCCGCGGCCCCGCGCCCGCCCGCCGCGCCCCGCGCGCCCCGCCCGCCCCGCCCGCCCCGCGCCCUACCGCCGCCCGCAGCACUGACCGCGCCCGCUCCCCGCCCUACCUCUCCUCUCCCGACACUUCCUCGAGUACACCGCUCUCAAGACGUCGCUAG